UUUAUAAGUCAUUUAAUCCUUGAAGAGCCAUCAAAGGACCAGUCCAGCUAGUGAUUGAAGAAGAUACUUGUUAUUUGGGUCAGGAAACUCAGGACUCAAGAACGAUGGGAGGCAUUGAUAAUGAUCAUUCUUCCUCUGGCAUUUCUUCAGAGAAUGCCAAAGAAGGUACAACAACAAAGGAUCCUAAGCUGGAAUUCUCAGAGGAUGAAGAGGAUCUCAUUGCUCGGAUGUUUCGUUUAGUUGGAGAGAGGUGGUCUCUGAUAGCUGGAAGAAUCCCUGGUAGAACAGCAGAGGAGAUUGAGAAAUAUUGGACUUCCAAGUAUUCUUCCUCAAAUGAUUGAAACCAAAGUUGUUGUUAGGCACUUCAUUCUUAGCUAUUGUUUGAAGUAACCCAUCAAUGUACACUAGUAAAUGUAAAUUUAGAUUUGGUCAUGGAAGUUUGGAAUUAAAAUUGUUUUCUGUAAUACCAAGUUCUUAGCUCUGUGUUGCCUUGUUGGCUUUAGAUUUGAAAGGAAAAAAAUGGAAGACUAUUGUGUAUUAAUAAGCAUUUAUUAUUCUAUGUGGAUAAACAUGGAUUUUUGA